AUGACGGUCAAGUCCUUCCUUCAGGCUCAUCUCCCGACCGAGGAUUCCACAACCUUGCCGAAUACUAAUUUGAGGCAUGAAUAUGACGAAGAAACGCUGCCCAGCUAUUCGGGGAAGUACGCCCGGAUCAUGGGUCACAACGAGCUCUCAUAUUAUCUUCCGAGUCGUGCAGACGGAGCGAAUGAUAUGAUAUGUUACUUCAAGUUUGAUUGCGGACUAGAAAUUGUCACGAGCAGGCGAAUUCAUCUCGCAUGGGCUAUCCUGCGAGUUCGACACCCCCCUUUUGCAUCCUCCGUCAGGAUGGAUCCUGGAUGUUAUGAUCAAGCUCGUUUCGAAUACAUACCACCCUCCAACCCAAAUGCAGCUCUUAGCGAAGCACGCGCUUCCCUGGAAAUUUCGUUUGAUAAAACGGGGAAAGAACUGGCCGAUGAAUUUGUCAACGGACCUAGAAUUCUUUCGGAUCAGAGGCUCUGCUGUCUUAUCGUUUCACUUCCGCCCUACGCUUAUGCGCUCCGAUCUGUCCACGGCUUUGAGAGCAGCCAUAAAAACCGAAUAACAUGCGAAAUGCUCAUUGGUUUCGCCCACUUUACGGUCGAUGGGACGGCAGCACAUCAAUUUACGAAUGAAUUGUUGUCACUUCUUGGUGGCCCUUCCGCCAGCAAUCAUUCUCGACCACGGUCAGAAGAGGAGUUGAGGCGUCUCUUGGAGGACGAGUGGAAUAUGAGAUGGGGACAGAGAGGCGCGAGGUCCAGGCCCGAUGGGUUCAAGCCUAUACCCAAACCAGCCGAGGAACGAAUGCAUACUCCCGCAAACAGAUUUAGGUUAGCAGCUGAGAAAAUCGCGUUCCAGAAUUUCCAGAACAAGGAACUAGGAGGUCAUCUAUUUCCCCGCAUAAAACCCACGAGCAGACGGCGCCACAACAAGAUUACAACAAUGGCUGUUCCAGAACACCUAUCCCAAAUCAUUGUCGCUAAAUGCAAAGCUCAUGGUGUAACGGUGUCAAAUGCCAUUUUUGUUCUCUGUUCGUUCGCUUGGAUUCGCCUCGUAUCGUCACGUAUUUCCAGUCCCCUCACACCAGCUACCGAGAAGCGACUCUGGAAGCAAAUUGGUAAUGAGAUGUUACCCAUCAUGGUGUACACUGCUGUGAAUCUACGUCCUUAUAUGGAUGCAAAUCCUCCACCACCAGAAUCAUACGUGUACUUGACAUUGGGAUACCUCAAUGUCAUUCUUCCUGGCUUUCUCCCCCGCUUUGCCGGCAAGGUUAUGAGCGAAGAGGAGAAAAAGAGGGCCCUUCAGGCGAUCUUCUGGCUCAGAGCGAGGAGCGUCAGGGAACAGUCACGGAAAGCAUUGGCGAGCCCGUUCUUUGCCAGCCGAAACCGGAUCAUGGGCCAGGAACGAGCUGCAAGGGCAAAAGCUUGGGCGGUUGUAGAUGAUAGAGCAGAGGAGGAUAAGAGAAGGGCCGUCGCUGGACUUCCUCCCCUUCCUCCUCUAAAGCCCUCAUCCACGUUGGCACCAGCUUCGAAACCAUCGGUAACACCCAAACCCCCUUCCGCCGCUCUCAUCGGUAUAUCCAUCUGGCCUUCUAUCGACUCGAUUUAUGACCCAUCCAAUUUCCCUGCUAUCAAUCUUCUCCAGCUUGUCUCUCAAACUCGUAAAAACACUGGUGGCAUGCUCAUCAUGGGAUUUACUCUACGGGGUAAGAUCAACGUUUCGUUCGGCUGGGAUGCAAAUUGUUUCCCGGAGGGUGUCAUUGAGGAGUUUUGGAAAGAGUUCGAAGGGGGGAUUAGAGAGUUCCUGGUUGGGGAGAGCGAAGAUUUCUGGCUUGAAAGGGGCCUCGAGGUUGGGACUGGAAGUAUGGUGGGUGCUAGGUUGUAG